AUGGUGACCCGUAUCAAGAAGACAUCAAGCACAAUACCUCCUGCGGGGACAACAACAAACUCCAUAUUAUCUGGCCCGUCGAGGGGUACUUCCUUCGACUGCACAGAAGAUGAUUCGGCCACAACCGCCUCAAGCAUCAGCAUAUCAGACGACCAGCCGCAGCACAUCCCAGCGGACAUGGAACGCGUUAUUGAUGAGCUGCUUGUUCUUACUCACCAGCCCGACGAGCAUCCCCUCGAGAAAGCAGCGGUCGACAACUUGCAAAUAGUAUCCAGGUUCCCCGAGCAGCUGCGGGAGCAGCUCGAAGAGGAUCCACACAGACUUGGCCCCUUUAAGGUCUCAAGCCAUGUUCUGGCUGUUGCGUACGCCGGACGCAGUCACCUCAACUGGGCCGCCUUUCUUCACCUCACGCCCAGCGUGAUCGCUGCUGCCCUUGCAUCUGAUGAGGUUCGGGGUGCGUCUGCGCUUAGCCUGGGCGCUGAUCAGUUUGGGCUGGACAGUGGCGGAGACCUCAAAGAGCUCACCGCGGCCAUGUCAAAGUGCACGGGCCUAAGGCAGCUUUGCCUCUUCCAGGGACUUAACAGGCAUAGUGACGAUUCCUCCACCCAUUGUUACUCAGAGCUGCUGCUUCUUUGGCAGCGGAAAGCGGUAGAAGAACAAAGACACUCGGAAUGGCUCCAGCGCAAGACCAUCCAUGCAACAUGCGCCUUCUCAACAUCCCUGCGUAGCCGCGAAUGCCUAACCUUGUCUUCAACCAUCACUCGCAGCCUGGCCUCGGCCCACGCCCCCAUCCUUCCUAUGAUGCACAUGUUCAUGUUUGGGCACCACCAGGAUGGAGACGGCCCAGAUAUAGCUACAGAAAACGUCCAGGCAUACCAAAACUUCUACUCCAUGAAGAAUAGCCUAUUAGACGGUGAGAGCUUCGCCGUCCGCUUCCUAGCCUAUUUGUCGGCCUUGAGCUCGGGUUCGGAAUCCGACAAAGCUAUUCUGCAAUUUGCAUACCACGGGGCCGCAUCACCAUCGUCAGAUCCACUCGGUGUCAUCCCCAUACCAGCGGGAUUUUUCAAUUACCACUUUUCGCCCAACGGCCCAUCAAGACCCAAACCCAGCGACAUACGUCCCGGCAGCUGGGUGAUACUGGUCGGCUCUUCGAAACAGAUAUCUGAUCAUACUGAAACUGUGGUGGACACGCCAUCAGAGCUUUGUGGACCACCUCUACUUGAUUCUCCACGGGAAUACCACGCUGACACUAGGCAGCGCUCUGCUAACACCGACCGAGGGAGCCGCACGUCGAGGCCUAGCGACGACACCGUGGUCGCGGACAACGACGUCGUCAUACAAUACUCCUUUGUAAGGAUCCGGCAAGCCCCUACUGAGACGAUCAAGCAUGGCCAAAGAAUGCCCGCCUACACCGAUAGUCGUGCCCAGAUAGUUGGCGGGCUCACGGACUUUAUCCAUGAAACCGCGCCGGAAACCAACCUCUCCACAUGGGAGAAGCGGAUCGGGGAGAUACAGAUGGGCCUUUGUGCCCAGCGGGGCUCCAUUAGAACAGGGAAACGUUACAUCGACAUUGGGACCAUGUCCGAGAGCAGGACUAGGGACCUGCUAAACCGUUUACUAUCGUAG